AUGUUCGCGAAGAAGACGAACGCCAGGCGAAUCGCCAUGGCCGCGGUGGAGGCCGCUCAUAAGCGGUCUCGCCUUCCGAAGGCGGGCAAAGCCCCCGCUGGGUCCUCCGCCGUCGCAUCGAAAGGGGAUUGGCCCCAUGAGUCGGCGUUGGACGAUCUAUCGGGCGGGGACCCUUCCACGGCGCUCCUGCGCUCUAUCGGGGAGAACCUCGAUACUCGUUUGCAGGAGAUCGCCCCCGAUGAGGACCUCGAUGCCGACCUCUUUGAGGAAAAACGACAUCAGUUGAUGGAGGAGGCCAGACUCGCGGCCGGGACGCAGCAACGGGUCGUUUCGAAGACCAUCGCGGCCUACCUGUCGAAGAUCCCUCCCGGCCUGAAGGAAAACGAAAACGAUAAGGAAGGCGCGCAGCUGCGUAUGUUACGGGUCCAUCACAACUGCAAUGCGAUCACGGCAGUGGCGAUGCUCGGGGAGGAACUUAUUGUGUUGGGUGAUAAGUCUGGCAAAGUCUACAUCGCCGAUUUAACAACCAACGGUGAGGGCGAAGGGCGGGGGAGGACAGACAGGGCGGGGGGCAAGUUUUUAUUAGAGCCCACCCUCGCCUCCGCGGUGGUGUCCGUCGCGGUGAGCGACACCCGCGCGAAUCGCCCGACCGCCCGCGAUCUCUAUGAGAAGACAACGGUUGAUCGGAGUUGCACCUCCUACACGGCGGCCGGGGCAGCGGAUGGGAGCAUUAGCAUCUGGGAGACCUCCACGCGGCGGCAUAAAGGGCUGCUUUUGAUGCACCGUCGGGCGGUCACCGGGCUCAGCUUUCGCCUCUCCAGCGCGGCGCUGUACUCAGGGAGCGAGGACGGGACGCUGCGGGUGUGGAACGUGGAGGGGAUGAGCUGCGCCGACGUCCUUUUCGGCCACGAGGGCGCCGUCCACGGCCUGCACGGCCUUCGCCGGGAGACCUGCGCGACGGUGGGGGGGGACCGCACGAUGCGCUUCUGGCGAAUCGACGCGGCGACGCAGCAGAGUUAUCAAUACCUCCGGCCCCCCCCUGGCGAGCCCGCAGGGGGGCCGUCUGGCUCUCGCGCGGAGCUGGCAGUCGGGAUGGAGACCACCACGAUGCUAAACGAGCGGCUCAUCGUCGUGGGCGCGACAGAUGGCUCGUUGGUCGUCUUCGACGUCAAUCGUCGGCGCCCCCUGGCGGUGGUGGAGGCCGCCCACGGCUACGACUCCCUCGCGGACGGGACCGGGAUCGAAAACACAGCGUUCGGCUUCCUCGAGGAGACGAAGAAAACGGAGACGGAUGCGCGGAGUCCUCAUCGACGCAUUCCAAAUCCGAUUUCCGCCGUCGCGGUGGUACCCUACGCGGACAUAGUGGCUUCAGCGAGCUAUGAUGGGGUCGUCCGGCUGUGGAGCUUUUUAAGUGCGAUGGAUUCGUCGUCCUCCCCGGCCACGGAUGGCGUGCACUCCGCCACCCAAGGAAACCCUGGAAAGACAAGCCAAGUGACGCAGCUGGUUUGCAUUGGUGAGAUUCCAAUUCGCGCCCUCGUGACCUCGAUGCAGUUUUCGAUGGACGGCGAUCUUUUAAGCAUCGCGUGUAGUAAAGAAUGCCGUCGAGGACGGUGGUAUGUACAGAAAAGCGCGCUGAACUCCGUGUGUGUGGUACCCUUGACAGAAAAAGGGGCUAUAAGUGUACUUCGCGGGAUGCCGCACGCGAUUGAGCACGUUCCUGCGCUUUUAUACCACUAUGAUGAAGACAAAGGGGCGAACGAGGCAGAAAGUGAAGGAAAAAACAGCGAUGAUGAUGAUGAGUUGAAAAAAGUUCUUCCGAAACGACGCGAGCUGAUUUCAGAGAUGCAGGAAAACGACGAGGACGAAGAGAAGGAGGAAGACGCUUCGAACUGGGGUAAUAGUAAUGAAGAAGAGGAUGACUUCUUCACAGUAGGUGAAGACGGGCAGCUCGUGCUGAACCGCCCCGAAGAACCCGAUAAUUCACAGGAAGACUUAGAGGCGAAAGGAGGUAAAUCCCUCAAAAAGAAAGCCGGUAGUAAGCUCUUAGCAAAGAAAGGAAAAGCCGUUGUUACGAAAAAGCAGAAGAUUAAAACGAAAUCGACUAGAAAUGGCCCACUUUUGCAGCAUCCAGCAAAAAAACUAAAGAAGUUACGCAGGACGAAGUGA